ACAGCCAUUGACCCGCCGUCCUCGUCGCGACCUUGGCCUCCCUUCCCUCCCUUUGGUCGUCCGCCACAGCUCCCAAAUCAUCCGGCAGCAGAAAAAAAAAAGAACCAGAUAUUUCGGCGAUCCGAUCCGCUGCGAGGACGAGAGAGGGAAGAGGCCGUGGCGAUGUCGGUCCCGGAGGCGGGGCAAUCGUCCGGGAGGGACGAGCGGGAGAGGGAGGACUACGAGAAGCAGCAGUCCAGGGUGCUCAUGGCGCUGAUGCAGGGCUUCUGCGCCGCGCGGUACCGCAAGGCCGACAACACCCCCUGCCUCGUCGACCAGGGGCUGUACCUGGGCUCUGUUGGGGCAGCACUGAACAAGGAGGCUCUCAAGAGUUUGAACAUCACCCAUAUCUUGAUUGUUGCCAGAUCUCUGAAUCCCGCCUUUUCAGAAGAAUUUACAUACAAGAAGAUUGAGGUGCUUGACAGCCCAGACACUGAUUUAGUAAAGCAUUUCGGUGAAUGCUUUAAUUUCAUAGAUGAAGGAAUCAGCACAGGUGGCAACGUGUUGGUUCAUUGUUUUGCUGGGCGGUCACGGAGUGUGACAGUUGUUCUUGCAUAUCUCAUGAAGAAGCAUCAGGUGAGCCUGGAAAGUGCCCUGUCACUAGUUAGAAGCAAACGGCCUCAAGCGUCACCUAAUGAAGGCUUUAUGGCCCAGCUGGUGAACUUCGAGAAGUCUCUGCAAGUUGGAAACUGUACUAUGGAUCCCAACCUUGGUAUUUGACUACCAAUUUGUGAUAAAAUAAUCGUUGGAAUGACGUUGGAAGAUGGAACAGCAGACUUGAACUUUCAACAAUAGCACAUCAGUGAAGAAGAAUGGUAUCUCAAGAUUUUUUACUUGGAGAAGAGACACAGGAAUCCUGAUUAAUCUUGUGCCUUGGCAAAGCAAGAGCAGGUCUUGUUUUCUCUGUAGCCUAUCAGAUGGAUAGGCUGGUUCAGGAGCAUGCCCUUUAGCUGGCUAGAGGAGAUUGGAGGGCUGAGGCAAAAGCUAAAGGCAAGUGGGGCAGGGACGAAGAAUUAUGCAAUCCAACUAACAGUAGGUGUAAAUGUCGAGAACAGUGACUCAGUGAGCACCCUGUCACCCUGUCAAUAGCUUCCUGACUGCAAGUUUAUCCCCCAAGAAAUCAAGCAAGGCCAUGGCAACCGUUUAUGAAAUCAGGUCAUCCUAUUAUACUCAGUUCCCUACUUGGUGCUGUGGUAAUAUGUAGUACACAGAAUCAUCUCUACUGGAAUGCAGAGCAUACACCAGUGUCCCUGUAAUGGCUUUGCCCGCUUAUUUAGCGCCUGCUGGAAUCACGGGAAUUCUCCCGAUUUACUGACCAAAUGAUCUGUUCAUGUGAAAUUCAUGGUCCUGAACGUGUCCUACUUUAGGCAGUAUGGUUUUGAUGCUUGAAAACUCUCCAGCAUCAUUAGCAGCAUGCUGAAAUGAAAGAUAUGUAUGUGUGAUGCUUUGAAUAAAAGCGGUAUCCUGGUUGUUAGAAGACACAGUAGUUGCACGUGUCAUCUGUUACUGCUGUGAUGGCAGGCAAAGCAGAGUUGCCCGCAGUGUAGUAGGGAUACCAAGUUAUGUGGGUUCUGCUGUUAGAACUUGGAAGCCAGCUCCGUAGACAUUCUUUUUACGAGUUCUGCCAUUGGGAUUUAUCAUCUGAGCAUGUACAAUGGAAAAACAUGAGAACUCUUAUGUCC